GUUUGUGCCAUACCGGUACCCCCACCUUGAACGGGCCACCAUAGAUAUCCUUUCUACCAUGUCCCGUUAUGCAUUGUUAUAUUGUGAGGAACAGGUUGUUUCUUACAAUGUGAUUGUGACGUGGUCCCUUCCGCAUCAUGGCCAUGGUCUGCUGCGUACUUUCGAACCCGCUUUGGACUUCUGCUUGCCUUUCGCAGACGUAGGAGGCUUGAUCGCUAGCUGAGCGGUGGAAACUGGGGGCGGGGUCAUUACGUAUGGUGGCCGGGGAAUGUACCGCUACUACUCUAUCAUUUCACAUUCACCACAAUUUACGUACUGGAUAAUCCGACUAACUUGAGGACAGUGGUUGCUUCUUCAGAUCUUCUUCUCAAACAUUUCAACCACCACGUUGAUCUACAACAUGCAGACAUUCGACAACAUCAUGAUAUCCCCGGUCCCAGAUAUCAUCGGUGCCCUGCAAACCAUCCUCGCAAGUUCACGAGCGAUCAUUUCUGCAAACCUCGACACUCCGUAUUCUAGUUUCCCCAACACUGACCAUUCUGUCAUCGAGCUCAAAGACCGCUGCAUCAGCGCCAUCGUCGCCGAACGUCAGGAGCAGUCGGAUGCAACUUUGCACGAGAUUUCAGCCCUGGAAACCGUGAUGCAUGGUAUACAAAAUCUUCGCGAGCAACUCGUCAAAAAGAAGGGCGAGAUCACCCAGUCCAUGAAUUUACACAAGGGACUCGUAUCGCCUCUCUGGCGCUUGCCGAACGAAAUCUUAUCCGAGAUUUUUGUCCAUUGUCUCCCGACACACCAUCACCUGUGGCCCGCCUCAGUGUCGGCUCCCAUGUUUUUGACUAACAUAUGUCGGCGAUGGAGGGAGGUUGCUGCGAACAUGCCCAAAUUAUGGUGUAGGCUGCGAUUGCAAGAAGCAGAAGGCAGAAACUGGCAGCGAACAGCUUUCUGCUAUGAUUUAUGGCUCAAGCGAUCACAAGGACUUCAGCUCUCGCUAUCACUAGGAUGCUUCCAAGGUCGUCUGACCAACAUUCAAAGCCUUCUUCGGCCUUACAUCAAUCAAGUCUCCUCUCUCUCUAUCCAUGUCUCCCGACAGGUCCCUGAACUUAUGUUUACGGACCUCCUAGCACUCGAGGAGCUGACCAUAAGUGUCCUCUAUCUUGAUGUUUUGCCAGCUGUCGCACAAUCUAUCUCACGACAGCGGUUGACUCUUCGCAGUCUCAGUGUCAAAGGUCUGGCGUUCGACCUUCAGUGUUUAUCGUCUCUCAACUCCGUAUGGGCGCACCUAACAAAUGUCGAAAUCGCGAUUACGCAGCCAAAUGCAGUCAUCCAUAUGCUCCGUCUAUGUCCCAACCUCUCGUCGUUCACGAUCCGCGCAGCUUUCGUUGGGCACAGAGAGGUUUUAGAGCCAUUCACGCACACGGAGCUUCGAUCCCUACGCAUCGAUCAAAGUAACUCUGUACUCACAGAAACUCUAUCUGGUCUAUUCGAUGCUCUAUCACUCCCCAAGUUACGCGUGUUUGAAGCUCGGUACGUGCGGAGAUGGCCUCAUGAAGAAUUGAAGGCAUUCCUGGUACGGUCAAAUUGUCCCCUAGAGAGCCUGACUUUCGGCUUUGGAGUGACGAUGACAGAUAAGCAGCGAGCGGAAUACAUUGCUAUCAUCCCUUCUCUCGAAGUCGUAGUGGAUUCCCUGCGUCAAGAUCACUUUGUAUAGUGUUACAGACUUGGUGCUACUCAUGUAUCGACCGUAACAUGAUGAUAUUGGAUUUCAUGGACUUGGACUAUACACUUACGCUUCGCUAUAUAUGCAGUACUGGUUAAUGUGUCAGAUCUCUUUCGCAGCUCUGAUUAACUCCGUAUUUGAUCCUUUGUCUACAA